CGUGUAUAUAUUUUAUCUACGGGCAUCAGAUAGUAUCUACUUGUCAGAGCUGGACUAUUUUAAUAUUCCUUACGGUUGAAUUUUCUAUUACAGACUACAGUAAUACAGCGAACUAACGUUAAGUUAUGGAUACGAACGCUUAUUAUAGGAAUUUCGAAUUGGAAUCAGUUAAUGUCACAUUGCGAUUUUGCCAACAGGAGUAUGGUGAUGUCAACUGUGUUGUAUGGGAUGCGUCACUAGUAUUGGCUAAGUAUUUAGAAACUUUGUUCCUGAAAAACAAUGAAACAUUCAAAUCUAAGAGAGUGAUUGAGUUAGGUUCAGGAUUAGGAUGCGUCGGUCUGGCUGCUGCAUGUUUCGGGGCAAAUGUCAAACUUACAGAUUUACCAGAAAACUUAACGCAGUUAAAACAAAAUGUUGAUGAAAAUACAUCUUGGUUAAAAGGUUGUGUUCAGACUGUUGCUUUAACAUGGGGCACCACAUUUGAGUCUGAGCCUUUUGAUUUUGUAUUAAUGGCAGAUUGCAUUUAUUAUCCAGAAGUGGUGGAGGAAUUGGUAAAAACAAUAACUGAGUUGACUACACCCAAAACAGUUUUAUUAAUAUGUCAAGAACUUAGAGAAACUGAAAAACAAAAGAACACUUGGAAAAUGUUUUUAAACUUAUUGCUUGAACACUUUGAGGUAUCAUAUGUCCCGGAAGAAGAACAACAUCCAAUUUUUAGCAGUUCUGAUAUUAUAUUAAUAAAUGCCAAAAAAAAGUGUUUGUGAAAUAAACGUUUAAUAUAAUUUAAAUUA